AUGCCAGAGGCACAGCCCGAAAUCCAGCUGAAUGUGGAGGUGAAUGACGACUUUAACCCGUGGCUGGGCUGGACGACGGGUGUGAGACAUGGUCUUGCUCUUCGUGGCCGGCUAUGCAGCAUCACCUUCGCAGGCGAGGCGGAGCCGUGUCUCCCGAAGCUUGACUUUCGCUGCUCUAAGAGCCCGGGAUCCUUUUUGGCCGAGGCCUUCGUGACCGCACCAUGGCAGGACCUGAGAUGGGAUGAUCUCCGAGAGCCCAAAGUCGCCCAGCGCGUGUCGCACGGCGGCUACGCGCACGCGAAGUACCGUAAGGAGCUCCGGACCAUGACAGAUGAAGAACUCCAUGAGACCAUCACAAAAGCGCGUCGAAUGACGCUGCACCAUCGUAUGGAGAAAUUCCGACGAAAGCAACCGUCAGCCGGCAGCUUGUACGAGUGGCAGUACAAGAUCGCCCUGGCCAAGACUUUCCUCAAGCAGCGAGAGCUUGCUGCAGCAGCGUCAGUCGAGCCUGAGGAUAGCGAGCCGCUGUCAGAAGAUGCACCGGACAGGCCGACACUUGCGAACUGGAUGAAGGAGAACGAGGAUUUGGAUUCGGCUGAGACCGAGUGGUACGCGCGUCCAGGCUGGGGAAGGCUGCGGAACGAGAAGCUUGAGUUUCCCAGAGAGAUCGCCUUCGAGAGGAGGUAUUACGAAAAGUAUGACAAGGAGUACAAGACCAACAACGAACAAGUUGGUGUUGGCUUCAACAAAGGGGCGAUUGAUCUCAAAAAAGCACGGAAACAGGCCAGGAAAACCACGGCAGCAGAGGCUCUGCCUUCAAAGCCACAGGUGCCCGCCAUGGGCAGCCUCGCCGGCGCAGCAGUGCUCGCGGGUCUCUGGGGAGCUGCCAGAGGCCGGCGCUGGUGA